AUGACUUCUUUUUUCGUUCUGUUGGCAGACGGAGAGUACCUGUUCGUCGACCCAGAGAGUAAACUCAGCAAGUACGCCCCCAAGAACUGGAGAAACUCGCACACCUACGGACUGGAUAGCACUGGACGACCUGCCUUUGUUCUAUAUUUUCGUGUUCGAUAUUACGUGGACACAACUUUACUGCUACGCGAUGAAACAACACGACACCACUACUACCUGCAACUGCGGGAUAACGUGGUGCGCCACGGGGGCGGCGUGGAGAGUUGGCAAGCAGGCCAGCAUCCCUUACAAUCGAGUACAGUAUACGAACCGCUGCUCAGUCUCGCCGGUCUUGCUUUGCAGGCAGACCUCGGCGAUUUCAACGAGGAACGGCAUGGUAGACCGAAUUACUGCAAGCCAUCCGAUUACCUUCCCGCUCACAUGUGCCACGAGGAGAAUGCGCUGUCGGUAUUGUCAGCCCAGCACCGCGACAACCGCGGCUUGUCUCGCGAGGAGGCCGAAUUGUCGUACAUCAGGGAUGCGCUGCUCCUGGAGGCGCCGCUCAACGCUCACCUCUACCGAUUACGCAAGAACAAGAGCGAGCAAGGACCCGGCAGAGUUUUGCUCGCUAUCUGCGCCAAAGGCGUGCGUAUCUACGGUGACGAGGACGAGCCGCAGGUCUUCACCUGGCAGAACAUCGGCAAACUUGGCUUUGACCGCAAGAAGUUCGAGAUUCGCGCAGUCGAUCAGCAAGAAAAACCGAGCAAACUCACCCUCUUUAGUGGCUGUGACGACAAGAGUAAGCUCUUGCUAGCGCUCUGUCGAGACACUCACUUGUACUUCCGGGCGAUAGCACACCGAGUCAAUGAAGCCAAACAACGCGAGGAAGAAGAACGCAAAGUACUACGGGAUUGUUACAUGUACCCAGCGCGUUGCAAGUUAAGCUUGACCGCACGAGGUUCCCGAGCUGAUCAACGUAUCUCGUUGAUCUCGAGUACCUCGUCGAAUACAACUUCGGGCAUAGUGAGCGACCGCGUGCACAGCGAGGAUGAGCCUGACGCAGGAUUGAUAUCCGGUCGAUCUGCCGAGGAUACGACACCUGCCAAUUUGGCUACUGCUUCAGUCAAUACAAGCGAAAACGGCCAGUCGAUUCCACCUCCUGCACGACCUAAUCUGUUGUCGGAGGUUGAUACGACGAAUGCUGGAACUGGAGCAGCGACGCUUGGUUCUCAGUGCAGUAGUACGUGCAGUACCGUAGUGGUUAACACUUCACCAACCAUCGGACCUCCAAGUAUUGCUGGUUCGGCCACUGCUGCGUUACUCAAUGCUGCCGCUGCUGCUACAGAAAGGAGGCGAACGUCUGCAAAUUCCAGUCUAGAACUUGGCUAUUCGCAUACCGCGCAAAAUUCCGCGUUGUCCGGUGAAACUAUUUAUGAUCGAUGUAACAAGCCUACAAAAUAUGCUGUGACGGACAUCGCUAGUGAAACUAGCGGUAUUUAUACGUUGCACAGCAGCGAAAUGCUGGACGAGCAGCUGGCCAACGACUCGUCGAUACAAUCGACAACGGAUGAAGCUUCAGUCACGUCUGGUUUCUACACCAUCCAUAGCGGACUGCGUUCGGAAACCAGUGGUUCGUGUUAUAGUCAAGGCACGGGUCACGAUGAUCAAGAUCCAAUCUAUAGCGUCUGCCAGUCCCAAGAGCCAGAACUUCCUAAACGCACCCAACAAGAGAUAACAGCCUCGAAUGAACAUGUUAUAAGCGUUGAUAUCGAGGCGGAGUCUCGUUCGCGCAGUAACAGUAUUCUCAGCGUUGGUAGCUUUCGAGGCGAUGGUAGCGAUCCAGCUCAAGGUCAAGGUCCUCUGCUGUCGGCAGACGAGCUAUCGGAUCUCAUUGUAGGUCGGUAUCCGCCGAGGAAAAGCGUUAGUGCAUCUAUGGAUUCGGACUCGGACUAUGUGCGAAUGCCACCACCACCACUCCCACCUGCACCGCCCCCAAGGAGUGAUAGUGAGCGACAAUUACCACCACCGCCACCGUAUCCUGGUUUAAUUGCUAAACCACCGCCCAGUUAUGUUUGUCCACGAGAGAGGUUUGAGAUACCACCUCCAACUCCACCCCGUAACGAUGCCGUAACACCCAGAGAACCGCCACCGCCACCUCCAGCGCCUGCGAGAAUACAGCCACCAACUUAUCCUGGUGACAAAAUGAAGCCAACCCCAGUGCACGCACCAGUGGCAGCUUUAGUCGUCGGUCCGAAUAACUAUCUGGAUGUACAUGCAACGAGAACAGGUCCGGUUCUAUUGCCAUACCUCGCACCACCUCAUCCGAGUCAGCAUCAAACUCAACAGAGGCAACCUCCUCCACCUCCACCGCCUCCUCUGCCAAAUCCAACUACAACAAAUCGUAACACUGUCAGCGCGAAUAAUGUGCCUCCGUCUGGUAUGCUAGCCACGGUGUAUACUAACCAAGUGUCAAAGACGCAAAUCGAGCAGUAUAACCAGCAAAUGUAUUCGGACGUGGACUACGUGAUGUUUCCGCUCAAGGACCCGGCACUUUCUCAACAAGAAUAUAUCGACGCUAAACAAGGUUCUUUAAUGGCCGCCAUGGCGGCCUAUCCUCCACCUCCACCAUAUCCUUUGCAGGCUGCCAACAAGUCAUCAAUGAUAUACAGAAGUACUCCGUAUCUGCCUUAUACUACCACUGGCUCCUCGUUGUCUUCUCUUUCAAACAAAUACACCUCGAAUCAAAAUCUCACGAGUAGCCUUAGUGACACUAAUAGUUCCGUCGGAGGUAAUUACUUUCUUUACGGCACUCCUGGCAGUCAGUAUGCCGCCAGCACGAGUUCGCUUUACAGUGGACUCACUUGCUCUAGUGGUGGCGGAGGUACUCAAACUUUUAGGAAAGGAAGUAAUUACGCAUCUCCACCGCCACCUUUACCUCCGCCAGCCAGAUAUCAGCCGCACACUCUUCAGCAUGGAUUUUCUAGGACGAGAAGUCACGAAAAUAUACUGAAGAGUUACGACGCCACCAUGGCUUCUUUAUCGUCCUUAUCGCUGGCUCAUGCUAAACUCGGUAAUAUGGGCUCAUUACCGCAGCCGCAAACGAAACACAGGCGUCUACCUCCACCGCCACCUCCACCACCCUAUAAUGUUCAGACGCUACCCACUAGCCAGUCAAUAUAUCUCACCACGAAUAAUAUUAAACCAUUAUUGCAACUAUCAAAAUCACAUCAAAAGCAAUCACAAUCGCCGCAGAAACAGUCGUCGAAUAUGCGACAGCAAGAAGACGCCGUUCAAUCACACUCAGACGGGGGGCUUGACAUUAUAAAACUUCGUGAGCAAUGCCUUCAAGCGGAUUUACCUCUGAUUACUGCUCUGUGCAACGAUAAAAAUCUUCUUAGACAGACACAAGCCUUCGUCUUGCCCAAACAUCCGAGUAAGAAUUCAUCUACAAGUCCGAUAAAAUCUAGUACUAGGAACGGUACGAGCAACAGUAUCAGUAGUUCCAGCAAACAAAAAUAUCUUGUAAGUAACCUCUCAACAACGCAAAUAACUAAACCGCCAAGGAAGAAUGUUAACAGCACACAUAAACAUCCGUCCACGUCGGCAGUUGGUUUGAAUAAAAGCAUCAGCACAAAUUUCCAAAUGAGCAGUCAUAACAUCGCUGCAACCGACAAGAAGAAUUCAUCGCGGGUGUCGCAUUCGUAGUAAAGUAAUUAUGAACUAUGUAUGUAAAUCGACAAUUAAAGAACAAAAUUUUAAGGUGUAAAUAGCAGGUAAUAUAAUGACAUUUGUCGAAAGUUCAACGAGUCAAAUCAGGUCUGCUUGAGCUGAGCAAACCUGCUGCUUGUAAAUGGUAGCAAUACUUUUUUCAAUUUUUUAAGACUGCCAGAGGUUUAUAAACAGUAAGUUGAAUGCUCCGAAAUUUAAGCACUUAUAACGUUAUUGAUUUUGAAAAACUUUCAAAAUGUUAUUACACAAGCCGUGCUUCUUCAACUCAGGGUGCCAUUUUAUAUCACACUUUAUUUCACAGUUAUUUUCAUUGUCAAAUAGAUGUACGCGUAGUAAACCAUAUGAUUUUUUUAUAACGCCAUAUUAUUGAAUGUCAUUUCUAGUUUUAAUAAUAAGAGCAAACUUGUUAUCUCGUGAAAUGGUUAUUUCUUUUAUAAGAUAUAUGCUCUUUAACGUUAUUAAAUUAUAUUUAUGAAAGAAUUUCUUAUUAAGAAGAGAUUCUUUUUAUGAACAUCUUUACCGCGUUACAGUACAGAAAAUGGCGCUUAGAGUGUGAAAUGUUGAAUGAGCUUACUUUAAAGUCGUAAAGUAAUUUCAAUAUUAAAACGUUAAUAUACACAUUUUUGUUCGACCUGUUUGUUUUUUUAUUUAAACACGAUAUGGAAUUAUAGUAAUAAAUGUAAUAUCUCAACCUAAUUCCAUAUGUUUCAAGUACCCUGUUAUAAAUGAAUUGACAUUCAUUUGCCAAAAAUAGUCGAUCAAAAUAUCAUGCAAUUUAUUUAUGUACGGAAAAAGGACAGUGUAUACAAUAUGUAAAUAGCGUGAGUUAGCUUCAGUUUUUCAGUUAAGGGCAAGAUUAUUGAUUUAUAUUUAUCAGAAUCAUAAAAAUUGCAUUAAAGUAAUAUGAAGCGACUUUGUAUUUUCAAAAGAAUCUCACUAAAAAAUCUCAAAAUAGCUAAAAACUCGUGACUAGGUUUUGCUCUUACUUUUCGUAUUAAGACUAUUUUUAGGAAUAUUGUAAUUAUAAAUAAAACAUGGUCAUACAAUGAUCAGCCAAAUAUUUAAAAAUUAAAUUUUUACAAUACAAACCGAAAAGCUAUUCCAUUUACGUCAAAUGUCGAAGCUGUUUUCUGUUAUAAAUUAAAAAUUAAAUAAUUUAAUUAAAUACAUUUUUUUUUUGCUUAGGUUUAUAAGCCGAUUCAUAAUUUGAAAAGCGCUCAUUGAAUGUGAAAUUUUAUGUAAAUUAGUUGUUAUUUCGAUUCAUUAUUCGAAUGCUCAUUAAGCUAAGUUUAAAUUAAAAUCACAACAUGCUAUUCCCGCUAAACAUUCAAAGUGUUUCAACAUUACAAUAAAUAAAAUGAACAUAUUUGUACAUAAAUACAUCUACACGAUACAUAAUUCAUGCAAGCUAUACCAGGCUAUUUUAAAGUUAUUGUUGAGUUUGUCAAAACUUUAAUUUGUAACGACACUAACUGCGUCCGUUUUAUAAACUGUUCAAUACAUUCAUGGAAAGUUUUCCAUAAUUUAUGACCAAUUUAAAUUCGAAUUAUAAGAUGUUGCAAAUUCAUCUUAAUGAUUUUGCAGAAGUAAUAAUAACUAAUACAUUGAGUCACAAAUAAAUCACAAUUCACAGUUAUGGAAAAAUUUCUUAACAGUAUUGAAGCUUAGUGAAAUAAAUGUAUAAAGUAGAAAAUUUAUAUAAUAUACGGAAGAGGUUUUAAUAAGUUAUAUAUAGGGAUUACAGUAUAAGUAAAAUGGGAAAGCGCGCUAAUAAACGUAAAAUUUGUCGAUAGUGCACUAAAAGGUCUGAUUUGUAAUUUCAUAUAAUCCUUUUUAUAGUCGGUUCAUCGUCGUCGCAAAGUAUUUUUCCACUUAAAAGAAUCAUAAAAUUCCAACAUUCCGCCCGUACUGUAGUAAAGAGUAUGUGCAUGAAUAAAACAAUCUAUUUAGAAUAUAUCCGUUGUGGGAAGCUUUUUAUGUAAAAGAUUAGCGAGUCUUAAGAGCGAGAUUCCUUCUUUAUCAGCGUACGUCAAUAAUUGUCUAUUGUACGUAAAUAUGUGUAUGUAAAUACACACGCACGCACACUUAUAUAUAUAUUGUAAUUGCGCCAGAUAAUGUAAGUUUAUUGUAGUGCGAAAAAUCACAUGUAUGAAAUACACAAUCACUUCACCUGCAAA